CCCAAAGGGGUCGCGACCCACAGGUUGAGAACCGCUGCUCUUGACAGUCCCUGCCGGGUUCUGCCGCUCCAACAGGGUGGUGGGGAUGCAGGCUGGAAGCCACACAAACCAGAAUGACCCUUCCCAGUGGCCAGUGGCUCACACAGCCCUGCCUUUUAAGUGAAUGAACUGCCUAUUUCCAGGGUCAGCCCUCGGAGAAGUGCUGGUUUGGAAAGGCUUCGGGAGGGGAAGUGACGAUCAUACGGCUUUCUAUUAAGCCCGUCUGUGCUGCUGCAGCGAACCUUUUGAGUGGGGAAGUACAGCUAGAGCCCAAAGAGGGCCUUCAGCUGUCAUUUUUAACAGUUAAAAUGAUUAGCUUGAAAUAUUAGCUAGUUCCCCUUUCCUUGAUAAAAGCUUCCUUGUAGCUGUUUUGCCAAUUCGUCCUCAACGGAGGACAGCUGAGACUGGCUUCUAGGAGCAAGGGAGCUGGUCAGAAUCCUCUCCUUCCUCAGCUGUAUCCGCUUUUAAAGGCAGGCAAAGCUGCACUGGGCCUGACCAAGCUGGAGUUCCUGAAGGGGGUCCAGCAUAGUUGCUUCCUCUCUCUUACUCUACAAACUGGAAAUAAAGAAUUCCUGUUCCUUCCAGUGCCAGUUAAAUGGGAGAAGGAAGAAAGGUAGCCCCUUAGGUGGAGUUCCCUGGUCCAGCAGAGGGAGAAAGGGCUGCUCGCCUCACUCCUGUGGUCCGACGCAGCUUUUUACUAUCGGCAUUGCACCAACCACCCACCCACCCUGUACACAAAGCCAGGCCCUCGGAGCAGGGAAUGACAGCAGAGUCCAGGGUAGAACGGAUUCGAGCAAGCACUGUUAGGAAAUGGAUCCAUGUGUUGAGAAGUCUGGGUUACUUUAGGAGGGAGAACUUAAUGGAAAAGACUUCCAUGCAAUCUGCUAAGCGGAACUAAGGCAUUCACAAGGAUGGUGGGAGGUUCGCUUAAAGGGAAAACUCGGCCUAAAAUACUUUGACCUAAAGUUGUUUCACGCACUUUUGUAUGAAGAGCUACUUUAUCCAUCCUGAGUGUUUUGGAAAUACAGGCUAGAUACAAUAGGACACAUUAGAAAAAGGUAAAGCAAGUAAAUUUAAAACAUGACACAGAAAGGUAAGCUACUGAAGGUAAAUGUUUUAGGAACAACUCGGGAUAAAAGCAGAGCCCAUGGGAGGCCCGGGACACCCCUCUGCCUGGUGGAGGGCAGCAGGGUUUGAAGGCAGAUCAGCCCAGCCUGGAAAAGCCAUCACCACUGAGUAAAAGCAGGAGAGGCAUUAUCCGUGUCUGCUCACAGCUCAGGAGAUGUCACCCUAAGCUCUUUCCAGACAACAGGCUUCUUCCUACUAAGAGUGGGGCCAAACUCCGAUGUUCAGUGGGAGAGAAGAGCAGAUCCUAUUUACAGUUAGAGUCCCUCCGUGCGCAGAGCUGCAAGCCCGGACAGAGGUGGUCUGGCUAGCCACCUAGAAUGAAAUGCCUCGGGAAAAGCCAAACGAGCUCACUGCUGAACACCAUUGUCAGCUAAAAGGAAAAGAAAUCCCUUUUAAGGAAACUAUUUAACUUCAAUAGGCUGCUUUUCUGCCAGGAUUUCCAAUUCCUCUGAACAUAAGCCGAGACACAGACUGCUGCACGUAUGUCUGAUACUGCCCCCCCUCCCCCCAGCUCCAGCACCAGUUGUUAGCCCAAAAUAAACCCCAUUCCACAACCAUAUAUGUCCACGGGCCCAGAGCUGGGGAGGAGCAGGAGGUAGGUCAGGUCCCUGGGCCCCAGCCACACGCCGUGGCUGCUGCACACCAUGCACAUCACCCAGCUCAACCGAGAAUGCCUGCUGCACCUCUUCUCCUUCCUGGACAAGGACAGCAGGAAGAACCUUGCCAGGACCUGCCCCCAGCUCCAGGACGUGUUUGAGGACCCCGCGCUCUGGCCCCUGUUGCACUUUCGCUCCCUCGCAGAACUCAAGAAGGACAACUUCCUCCUGAGCCCCAUGCUCAGGAACCUCUCCAUCUGCUGGCACUCCAGCCGCGUGCAGGUGUGCAGCAUUGAGGACUGGCUCAAGAGCGCCUUCCAGAGGACCAUCUGCAGCCGGCAUGAGAGCCUGGUCAAUGAUUUCCUCCUCCAGGUGUGCGACAGGUACCACACAGCGCCGGCUGGUUUGCACGGGAACCUCAGUGCCAGCAGACUGGGGCUCCAUGCUCUUAGGUCAGAGGCCCCAGAUUGCUCCCUGAGAGGUGGUGCUGAGGCCCGUCUUUCAGGGACACACUGGCCAGUUUCUGCAAAGGCUGAAUGUUUGGAGAGGACUGCUCGGCCCCCAUCAGCUCCCACACAGGUGUGCUGA